AAAAGUCUCCCCCCGGAGAAAGCAUUCAUCUCUCGGCUGAAGAUCUCCUUUCUCGCUGCAAGAAGCGGAAGACCUGCGCCAAGACUCGGGGGGCGCGGCGGCGGACGGCGGGAGCGCAUAGCCGGCCCCAGAGGCUCCCUGCGGGCGGCGGUUUUCGGCGGACACUAAGGAAUUCUGAGCCCGACGGGAACCCCGAGGUAUCGAGCUCCGGGUCCGGAGGCUGCCCCUCGGUUCCGGCUUCCUGUCGCCCGACGGCUGGCCGGGCCAUGUCCGGAGGCUGGGGCUCGGCGGCCCUGCCCCCGGCUCCGGGGUCCCGGAAGCCCGCCCCGCGGAGCCUCAGCUGCCUCUCAGACCUGGACGGCGGCGCCGCCCGGGAGCCGCGGCCCUGCAGGCCCCCCGGGAGCCCGGGCCGCGCGCCGCCUCCACCGCCGGAGACGUCCGGCUGCGACCCUCGCCUCCGGCCCAUCAUCCUGCGGCGGGCGCGCUCGCUGCCCAGCUCCCCCGAGCGCCGCCAGAAGGCGGGGGGCGCGCCGGGAGCCGCAUGCCGGCCGGGCUGCAGCCGGCAGCUCCGCGUGCGCUUCGCCGACGCGCUGGGCCUGGAGCUGGCCCAGGUCAAGGUGUUCAACGCGGGCGACGACCCGUCGGUGCCACUCCAUGUGCUGUCGCGCCUCGCCAUCAACUCGGACCUGUGCUGCAGCAGCCAGGACCUGGAGUUCACCCUGCAGUGCCUGGUGCCCGACUUCCUGCCGCCCAUCGAGGCCACCGACUUCAGCGAGCGCCUGGGGCGGCAGCUCGUCUGUUUGGAGCGCGUCACCUGCUCCGACCUGGGCAUCAGCGGCACGGUGCGUGUGCGCAACGUGGCCUUUGAGAAGCAGGUGGCGGUGCGCUACACCUUCUCAGACUGGAAGAGCGCGCAUGAGGCAGUGGCCCGGUGGCGCGGGCCCGCGGGCGCUGAGGGCACGGAGGAUGUGUUCGCCUUCGGCUUCCCGGUGCCGCCCUUCCUGCUGGCGCUGGGCUCGCGCGUGCACUUCGCGCUGCGCUACCGAGUGGCUGGGGCCGAGUACUGGGACAACAACCAUGGCCGCGACUACAGCCUCACGUGCCGCAACCACGCGCUGCACAUGCCUCGCGGGGAGUGCGAGGAGAGCUGGAUCCACUUCAUCUGAGGGUGGCCCGGCCCGGCCCGGCCCGGCCCAGCGGCAGCGGUUCCCUAGCCAGGCUCUCCCGUCCCUGCGGUUACCCUUCCUCACACCCCACCGCCAGCCUGAGUCUUCUCACUUCACUUCCCGCGGCAAGGUCCCUGGGCGGUGGCCCUUCCCGUCUUCUACUUGAAACGUCUGUGUCCCUAGGUCUAAAAAGUAGCCUCAGGUGGCCGGAAGGCCGAGUCGUAUAACGCGCUGGGGGAGGGUGCUGGGUGGGCAGAUGCAUGGCUGGGUGGGCCCUUCUGGAGA